AUGCCGGGAGUUCCGUCAUCUCGAGGAUGCAGUGCCUGCCGCAAGCAAAAGAAAAAGGCAAGCUCCCGUAUUUGCGAUCAAGCAAAGCCGACAUGUGGGAGAUGCACCAGCCGCGGAAUUCCUUGUGUUGGAAACGGCGUACAGCGCUGGAAGUUUCACCAGAAAAACUUUCGCGAUUCGAUGCAAGUAGCAACCGUCACCCACACUCCAAGACCAAGUUUGAGCAACGAAACGACCAAAGUUGCAUCUUCCUUUGUCCACAUCCUUGGUGUUGAGGAUGUUAGGUACAAUAUACGCUCGUUCGGGGGCCAGUUUUUCCUGGACCUCCCUCGACGUGUUGGCUCUAGCCCGGCGCUCGAUCUUUCCGUAUCUGCUCUUGUUGCCUCAUUCAACACUCAUCUGUGCAAACACCCUAAAGUCGAUGCCCUCGCUGUGUACGGGGACGCCCUCGAGGCCCUGAGGAUCUCCUUGGCAAAUCCCGCUCAAUCAAUAGGAAUAAAGAUAUAUACAAUUUUUAAUAUCUAUAUCUGCCAGGGUAUAAUUGACCCAGAGCACAACGAAAUUGCAACACACCGCCUAAUGUUGGCAAAUCUGGUCCAGGAUGCUGUCUCCCAAGGCAGACUAAAAGAAAUUGAUUCCGAGUACAUGUCUGGAAUUUGUCAGAUAAUUCUAUGGGAGAGCAUGAUCAACCGUAAAGUCCAGCUUGGCCAAUGGUUCUGGGAGGCCUUAAGCACCUGCAGCAAAUCGCGCCCGCAUGAAUGCCAACAAGGGCGAACCUUUAUGAGUCUCGACAUUGGAGUUCAAGCGGAGGGUGCAUCAUAUCUUCGUGAGCCUGAGAGAUAUAUUGACCAGAUACAGUCAGUCUACGAUCUCAUGCAGCUCGAGCGCCCAACGAUUCGCAACAUAGUUCAGCAAUACAGUGUGGUGGCAAUGGCCUCAUCGAACGUCGCCAAAGUCACAGAAAUCCGUGUGAUUUACCAGAUUGGAUACGCACAUUUGCUUUCGUUGGGUGCCAGAUUGAACGGCGCCCUGCGCAAAUUCAACCAGUCCUCUGAGCUCAUCAAGGAGUCGCAUGACAUUCGUGACGAGGCUAUCAUGUUGGCUAGCCAAUGCGGUGAUAUGAGACCAUUCGGGUCCACCUUUGUGCCUAAAUUUCUCAAGAUAAUAUGGGCAUCAAAUUCAGAUCCGUACCGCCGACAAGAACUGGAAGCGCUGAUUCUAUAUUACCAGAAGGAUUUCGAGGGCGCACUGUAUUUGAAAGAGGCGAAGUGGAUAAAGGAACGAUUUAAUGCAAUAGCUAAAGGGGCUUAA